UCAUCAUUGACCACAAAAAGGAGUUGAUAGGGCAAAAUCGCACAUUUCCUUCCCAGAAGAGACCCUGCCGGUGCCGGUUGGGGCCGCUGAACAUGAGCUAAGCUAAGAUAGAUUAGACAGAUCUUGGCCGCCGUCUCUUCCUCCUCCUCCUCCUCCUGAGAAUUCGGCACCGGUUCAAGAUGUCUGUCGAGCUGCUGACGAAAUUUCUCACGAUUCUGUUCGGGUACGCCAUGCCGGCGAUGGAGUGCUUCAAGGCGAUCGAGCAGCGGACCGGCCGGACCGAUCAGCUCCGGUUCUGGUGCCAGUACUGGAUCAUACUAGUCAUGCUGGUCAUAUUCGACGAAAUCGCGGGCGCUCUGGUAUCAAAGAUACCGAUGUUCUAUGAACUCAGGCUCGCCUUCCUCGUCUACCUAUGGUACCCCCAGACAAGGGGAACUGACAUCGUGUACGAGACCUUCGUGCGGCCGCUGGUGAUGCAGUACGAGCCCAACAUCGAGGAGAGGCUGCGCUACCUGCGGGCCAACGCCGGCGACCUCAUCGUCUUCUACCUCAAGAACUUCACCGACAGAGGAUACGAGAUGUUCCUUCGGGUACUCGACUACGUCCGCUCGCAGGCGACCAGUGGCUCAAAGACAAGGAGGUUCUUCUCGUUCCGAGGGGACAGAGCGGAGAGGCCGAGCUUCCUCGAAGAUGACUACGUCCCCGGCGGCGAUCGGAGGGGAGCUGCCAGGCAGCGGCGACCACGAGGUGGUGAUUACUGAUUACUAGCGGACAAUGACUCAAGGAGAGUUCGUCGUAGGAGGAUAGAAGUGCAAAAAAGUACUCCAUGUAGGAAAAAAAUCACUGUGUAAAAAAGGAAAUUUGACUCGAACAAGAGCGCAUUGAUUGUGGAUAUUUAGGUGAUAGGUUUCCAUGUACCCCAUGGUCAGGCUGAUUAUUAGUUUACUACACAAUAUAUAGUUUGUUGUGAUUAUGUAUUCAAUAAUGUGAUUAGUGUUGAUGCCAAUUUUCUAUCAAUCUAAUUUGGAACUUUUAGUGGGAA